GAUGGCGGUGGAAGCCGUCUCGAAGACGGAGUCCGAACGCCGCGGCGAGCAAGAUAUAUAUAUUUGGCGCGCCGGCAGUAAUGCAACUCAAGCAACUCGCAUUGCUAGCUAGCUAUUCGAUCGGGCGCACGUCGUCGCUGCCACCGGCCGGCGUCGAUCGAUCAGCAAUGGAGUCACGGGGGAAGAGCGGAUCGCCCCUCAUCAGGCGCCGAGUCGAGGCCACCACCAGGUGCCUCGGCUCGCCCCCGCAGAACAAGGGGAGAGGCGGCGGCGGCGGCGGCGAGCCCGAGUUCUCGGUGCAGCUGAGAUGCAUCGUGACCAAGUACAUCAGGGCCGGGCGCGGGCGUGGGCAGCGGCGUGUGCGCGACUACCGCGGGGGCGGCGCCGAGGCGAGCUUCGUGACCACGUGCCCCGAGGACGUCCCGGACGACGAGGACGGCGUCCGCGGCGUGAUGCGGCGGCUGCUGAGGGCGAUCCGGCCGCUGCGGGACCUCGACCUCACCGACGACGAGUGGGAGGCAAUCCUGCCCGAGGACGUCGUGCCGAAGCUCGCCGACCUGGCGCGGGGCCGCGGCGACGGCGGCCUCGUCGUGCAUCUGGCGGUGGACCGGCACGUCAGGUACAGCGCGCCCAGGGUGCUUAUGACGGGGUGCAAGGAGGCGGCGGAGGGGAAGGACGGCGGGUGCAGCAUCUGCUUCGAGGCGUUGCGGGAGGCGGUGGCGGGCAAGGGCGUCCCCGUGGAGCUGCCGGGCUGCGCGCACGUCUUCCACCGGCGAUGCAUCUCCAAGUGGUUCGUGGAGAAGCCGACGUGCCCGUUGUGCCGGGGGAACGUGACGAAGCAUCUGGACCCGGAGCUGCGGAAGCAUCUCGCCGAGUUCGACGGUGAUGAUCCAGACCCACCCACUGUGCUGGAUGACUCACCAGGAAACAUCGUUGCGGCACCACCAGGCAUGUGAUCUGUGAACACUCCUCAGACCUACAUGCCGCCGUCAAUCGGGGAUUAUCCUGGGGUGGACGGUAUCCCAUCACCGACCACCCCAGGCGGCGACUUGUCUUUUUCGUAACUCCCUCCGCAGAUCGAAUCGGGCCCUGAAAUUUUGCACGUCGAUGCGGAGUUCCGCCACCAUUCCCCAUGAUUUUUCUGCGGAUUUUUUUAUGGACCGUCGCACUGGCAAAAUGAGGAUCAUCAUGCUUUACGAGGGGUGGGCGAGAUUUAUCUUUUUGUUUCUCCCUCUACGGAUCACGUGGCAGGCUGAAAAUUCGCACGAUGCUUCUACGAUCAGAUC